AUGCCGGAUUGCCUUUUGUACACGGCUUCUUUCUCUUCUUUAUCUGCUUCUGCAACGGACAAAAAAGAGCACACUGAGGAAUUCUCCAUGUCUUGUAUCCCCAAGGUUGCGCUGCUACGCACUCGUCUUGCACCCAAACUGCCGGGUCGCAUCUAUCUACAACUCCUCGAUCUUUCCCGGAGAAAACGACCGUCCUCACCGCUUCACACAAGUUGCAAGAGAAAGCUGAUGCAAGGUGACCCAGCAUCAGCCAUGGUUGACGUCUCGUCGGCCGCCAUUCUCGGCUACUUGGCCCCCGUCUGUCUUGCCUUCUUCGUCUUUAUUGCUUGGAUCUGCGUGGAGGUCAGACGCCGCGAGCGUACCCGGAACCUGCACAGCAACGAUGCUGAGACUGCUCCCUUGGGCUCCAGCCGCGCGGUCAUCUCUAGCCAUGACGUGGAGCGAUGCUUUCCGCAGAUGAGGUUUAGUGACUGGCUCAGUGCCAGAACCAGGUGCAUGCCCGCGAAGGAGACCACCGAGGCGAGGGUUUCUUCCGUCGCAGCUGAUACUACCUCUGUCUUUGUCCUUGAAAUCGCCCCGGUCAACGACAGCCCACGCGCCGAGGACAUGUCUACCGAUGCACCUCGUCCGGUCUCUGGUGGUGGCGAGACAACCCCUACUGGUUUUGACAUCAUGCAGGCUUCCCCGGGUACAGGGGAGAGCUUCGACAUGGCAGACUCCAGCAGAGAGUGCGUUAUCUGCAUGGAAGAGUUUCACGGGCCAGACUACAUUCGUCCGUUGACGUGCGGUCAUAUAUUUCACGUGUCUUGUCUUGAUCCUUGGCUAACCCGCCGCCAUGCGUGCUGCCCCCUGUGCAAGACUGAUUAUUGCAACGCUCGGGCUCCUCGCAUCGGGUGGCUUCGUGGUGGAUCGGGCCCAACGGUUCCGCAGGCGGUUCUGAUCCGUACUGAUAUCGUUCCGCGUUUCUGA